GAGAGAGAGGCGGCGAGGAUGGGGCGGAAGUGGAACGAGCUGCUGUCGUCGGCUCCAUGGAGGACGGGGGAGGCGGCAGAGGACGAGGACGCGGCAAGGAUGAGCCGAGAGGGGAAGGUCAGCGUCACCAGCAACCCCGAGGAGAUGCCCACCAUGAGCGUGCCCUGGAGCAGACGCCCGGACCUCGACCUCACCAUCGACGACUUCGAGGAGGACGAGAUCGACCCCGAGCUGCGCUACUCCUUCCAGCGGAACAGCAGGGUACCCUUGCUUGUUAGCUCCUCGCCGUUCUGGGGAGAUUGUGACCCUGUCCCUGGAACACGCUGUCAGGUUCAGAAUCCUUAUAAACUUGUGCAGGAAAUGUCACCGAUAACAGCAUUAGCACUUUGUAAAAUUGCAGUUGCUGAAGGAUAG